AUGGCAUCCUCACUGAAGACAUCUGCACUUGAAACUAUAUUCGGGGAACAGCUAGACGGAACCAAGCCCCAGGGUGGAGUAGACGCUCCCGCCUGGCACGGCCUUGCCGCGAAGAAGAGGGCUUCGAACUUGGCCAAAAUCCCGCAAGAAUGGCGUCUUCCAAGAGACUUGCUGAAGAACGUCCACGACGAGUCCAAAACCAGCGUCCUCGAUGUCCCGCGGUCCUGUGGACUGCUCACCGCCAAUGAACUGCGAAUCACCGAGACCUUCGACGCCACUGGCCUCUCAGAGCAGCUGUCAGCAGGAACUCUGAAGGCCUACGAUGUAGCAACCGCUUUCUGCAAGCGCGCCGCCAUUGCCCACCAGCUGACGAACUGCCUGACCGAGAUCUUCUUCGACCAGGCCUUGGAGCGAGCCAAGGAACUCGACGAGUACUAUGCCCGCGAGAAGAAGCUGAUGGGGCCCCUUCACGGCCUUCCCAUCAGCCUCAAGGACUCGUACGUGGUAAAAGACGUCCAUAACACCCUGGGAUACAUCUCCUUCUUGGACAGACCGCCAGCCGAGAACAACUCGCCAAUCGUACAGAUCCUCCUGGGCCUGGGAGCCGUGCUAUACGUCAAAACCAACGUCCCCCAGACCUUCAUGACCGCCGACUCGGAGAACAACGUCUUCGGCCGCACGCUCAACCCACGACGACUAACACUGACAGCAGGCGGCAGCUCGGGCGGCGAGGGCGCGCUGAUCGCCAUGCGCGGCUCCCUGCUGGGCGUCGCAACCGACGUGGCCGGCUCGAUCCGCAUCCCAGCGCUGUGCAACGGCGUGUACGGCUUCAAGCCGACGGCGAACCGGCUGCCCUUUGGCGGCAACGCCGCGCCAGGCCGCCUGGGCUCGCCCUCACCCAUCGUGCCGCUGUCAGGCCCGCUGGCCACCUCGCUGCGUGACUGCGAGCUGCUAGUCCGCAGCAUCGUCAGCGCCGAACCAUGGCUGCUGGACGACAGUGCGCUGAACCUUCCAUGGCGGUCGACCUCCCCCCCAGCGUCCUCCACCACCACCACGAAGACCCCCCUCCGCCUCGGCCUCAUCACCGAAGACCCCACCCGCCCGCUCCACCCGCCCGUCCUCCGCGCCCUCCGCACCGCCGCAUCCAAGCUCUCAGCCGCCGGCCACACCAUCGUCCCCCUCGACGAACCCUCCGCCUCCGCCUCCGCCUCCGCGCUCCCCACCCUCAUGACCACCGCCUCCCUCGCCUGGAAACUCUUCGCCCUCGACCCCUCCGGCACACCCCUCCGCAUCAUCCGCUCGGGCGGCGAACCGCCCAUCAAAUCGCUCUCGACCGUGCGCGUCCCGCAAAACGACGGCUGGACGCCCUCGCUCGACGGUCUGUGGGACCUCGUCGCGGAGCGCAAGCGCGUCGCGCGCGCGUUCCACGAGGCCGCCGUGGUCCGCGGCGCGCUCGACGCCGUGCUGCUGCCCGCGCACUGCGCCACCGCCGUGCCGCACGACUCGUACGGCGUGCCGGCCCACACGGUGCUGGCGAACGUGCUGGACUGGCCGGCGGCGGUGGUGCCGUUCGGCGUCGCGGAGGCGGCGGAGGACGCGGCGUUUGUGAGGGAGGGGGUGGAGUACGUCCCGCCGUAUGAGCCGGGCGAGGUCGAGGGCAUGCCGUGUGCGGUGCAGGUGAUGGGGAGGCCGUUGAGGGACGAGGAGCUGUUUGGGGUGGUGGAGGUGGUGGAGAGGGCGUUGCGGGCGCCGUAG